AUGUUAAACAAAAGUUUUUCAUUAAUAGAAGAAACAAUGGCAAACGUUCAAAGUCAUUCAACAUAUAAUCGUACUUAUGAAAGAAAAAUUAUUGAAGAAGGUACGAAAGGUUCUCCAAUAACGAAUACAUCAAUUCUUAGUGGAAUUCCUGUUAUGAGUGCUAUACCAGCAAGUUUCCAUAUUCAACCACAUAGUUUAAUUAAUAAUCAUCAAUUAAAUUUUGGUGGAAUAAAUACUUCUACAUUGUUUUCAACAUCAGAUAAUCAUUUAGAAGUUGUUUUAGAUAUUUCAGAAUAUGGUGCUGAUAAUAUUGAAAUUUCAAUAUCUAAUAACUAUAUUGUUGUUAAGGCAUCCCACCCAGAGAAAGAAGAUCAAAUGGGUUUAAUAUCUCGUUCAUUUACUCGUAAAUUUCCACUUCCAAUAAAUGUUAAACCUGAUGGUGUUGAGUCAAAUGUUACAGGAGAUGGAAAAUUACACAUUAAGGCAUUUGCCCCAAAAGAUCAAAAUAAAGGAGAAACAAAAUCUAUUCCUAUUAAAAUAAACAACUAA